UCAGUUGAGUUAGCAGUGACAAUGAAGGCUUUUAUCGUUUUGGCUCUGUGCGCCGUUUCGGCAUAUGCCGGAAUCGCCGAGGACUUGUGGUUGGAGAAGAACCGAAUCCUUCCUGAGGGUCUGAAGGAUUUCGUGGCCCCGGAAUACGAGGGACGCAUUGUCGGUGGACAUGAAGUGAGCAUUGCUCAGUUCCCGUAUCAGCUGUCUCUGCGCUCGAAUGGAAACCACAUCUGCGGUGCUUCGGUCAUUUCUGCUAACUGGGCUCUGUCGGCUGCUCACUGCACCUUCCCAAUGCCCAAUGUCAAUGCUAUCACUUUCCGUGGAGGUAGCGCUAGCCGUUUGACUGGAGGAGUCAUCUUCCAAGCUGCUCAGAUCAUCAACCACCCUCAAUACAACAACAACAACCUGCACAACGACGUUUGCGUGAUCCGUAUCACCACUUCUUUCGUUGGAGCUAACAUUGCGCCCAUCACUCUGGUGCCAUCUGGAACCGGAUUCGCUGCCGGAACUCGCAGUAUCGUAUCUGGAUGGGGUCUCAUGCAACAGGGAGGAACUCUGCCGGUCAAUCUACGUGCCGUUGAUAUUCCAGUCGUUGCUCAGGCUACCUGCAACAACCAGUGGGGUGGAAUCAUCCAUGCCUCUAUGGUCUGCGCUGGUGAGCCCGGACGCGAUUCCUGCAACGGAGACAGCGGUGGCCCAUUGGUGACUGGAGGACGCCAGUUCGGUAUUGUGUCCUGGGGCGCAACUGCUUGCGGAGGUCCACUGCCAGGAGUGUACGCUAACAUCGGAAACGCUGGAGUUCGUAGCUUCAUUUCCCAGCACACCGGAGUAUACGACGAAGCAGCACAGCACGUGAACCGAUUGGUUCGAUGUUCAGGAUUCCAAAUCGGUCAUGAGAUUCUUGGUGAGGAUGUUUGGAAAGUGUUGCAGAUGAUACCGAAAGCGGCUAAACUGGUCGAUGCAGACCGAAGUAAAAAUGUGGCGGGAUUAGGCAAAAUCAUCGGUGGUCACCAGGUGGACGUAAGCAGUUUUCCAUAUCAGCUGUCGCUGAGAUCUCUGGGCAACCAUAUAUGCGGUGCAUCCGUAAUCUCCCGGAGCUGGGCACUGACGGCAGCUCACUGUGUCUAUCCUCUGUGGGAUCCUUCAGCCAUUUCACUUCGGGCCGGAAGCAGCGACCGCUCAUUUGGUGGCCAGAUUUACAAUGCAGCCCAGAUAGUCAUACAUCCAGAUUAUAAUCCCGCAAUGUUUGACAACGAUGUGGCCUUGAUUCGUGUGACAAUUCCCUUUGCGGGAGAACACGUUAAAGCUGUUCAACUUGUUCCGGCCGGAUACGAACCUAUGCCAGGCAUCCGCAGCAUUGUCACUGGAUGGGGACGCACGCUUACUGACGACUAUCUGCCGGCGAGGCUCAACGCCGUAGAUGUUCCAAUUGUGGCAAGAGACACGUGUGCACUGCAGUGGGGCACAGAGCUGGUGACGGAUAACAUGAUUUGUGCCGGUCAGUUGGGCCGUGAUUCAUGCAACGGGGAUAGUGGCGGCCCGCUGGUUUCUGGUGGCCGACAAAUUGGCGUUGUAUCUUGGGGAUCAACAAACUGCGGCGGACCAAUGCCGGCAGUUUACACACACCUGGGGCGGUUGUCGAUUAGGAACUUCAUCAAGCAAGUUUCAGGCGUGUAAAUCAUGUACCCGUGACAGCGACAACAACAAAAAUUAUGGCCAACAAGAAAUGAUUCAAUAUUGACGACUCUUAUCAGCGUAGUUUCCCGGGAGCUGAUAGCUACUGUGAUAUGAAUUGAUUAUUUUCUAGGUUAGAUAACACAGUGCAGAAGUUAUGUCAAUAAGAACGAAAACAAAUUAUUAUUAUUUGUUUCAUGUACUUCUUCUUUCUUACUACCAA